AUGAGUUGUAUAUAAAAAUUAUAAUAUUUAAAUUAUUCUUAUGAUCAAUCAAGAACUCUCAGAAGAAAAUAAGCCUCCUAAAUUAUUAUUAGGUUUGAGUAAUGUUCUCAGUUUAGCGAAAUUGAUUUGGAAAAUAAAUAAUCACCCAAAAUUGUAAAAUUAAAAAAAAUGUAUCUCAUUAUAAUUAUUAUAGGAAUUCAACAAUUGAGAAUAAUGAGCAACUUCAUUAGGUUAUUAAUAGACAAAUAGAUUUAGACGAAAAAAAAGAAGAGAGUAAAAUGUUAGAAAAUACUAAAUGA